GAAAGCCGGAUGUCAUCCGAAACAGCGUGGUCGUCUCCGACAACGAGCGGGGCAAACCCGUCGCGUCCGCCGAGGUCCUGGUCGAACCAAAGCACGCCAAAGGCGACACAGUGUCAAGGAGCAAGUUCAUCAUUAGCCACCCUGGCGAUGUGCAGGACAUGUAUACAUUGCAGGCGAAUAAGAUCGGUGAAGGCACCUAUGGCUCCGUCACCAUUGGCGUGCACAACAGUACGCACCAGCAGCGUGCGAUCAAGACCAUGUCAAAAGCCAAUAUGAAGCAUGUGGUCCGCUUCCAGCAAGAGAUCCAGAUCAUGAAAACCAUGGACCAUCCAAACAUCAUCAAGCUCUACGAAACUUUCGAGGACCGGAAGCACAUCUACUUGGCCAUGGAGUUGUGUACAGGUGGCGAGCUUUUCGAUCGCAUCAUCGAGGUGGGCCAGUUUACCGAGAAGGACGCUGCGAUCGUCGUGCAGCAGAUGCUCUCGGCAGUCUUCUACAUGCAUACCCGCGGUGUAUGCCAUCGUGACCUCAAGCCAGAGAACUUCUUGUUCCUGUCCAAGGGCACCUGGGUCCUAUCGAGAACACGCUGCUGA